GUUACGAGGUGCGGGUGUUAUUCGAUGAUGCGUGUGUCGUUGACGUCGUCGACCCCUAAAUUUUUGUUUCGUGCCAGUGAUGUCGGUGAUGUUUUGGUUUAUUUUGCGGACUAUUGAAUUAUUCGUGGAAUUUUAAUUAACAAACCGAAAUGUUUUCGUUUGACUUUUGGCAGUGACAAAGGAGCGCAUCGCAGCUUAAACAAUUUACAGUCAUGGGAUGAGAAAUAGCACAAUUUCGCUUGAAAGGCCAAAGCCAUUGCAAAAAGAAGUUUCCGUACACCAUGAAGGUGACGAAUAAAUGAACUACUAAAAGUGAGCAAAUAGAGAAAGGACAAUCUUUGAUGAAAUUUGAGCAGACAAAUAUCUAGCAGAAAAAUUAAAAAUAACAGCAACAACAAAGAAAAUCAAAAUAAAGAUCACUCCACUAUGGGAACAAACAAAGAAAAGCAAACAAAUUGUCAAAACGGACAAAAAUACCAUUUGAAAAUAUGAUGGAAACCAGCCACUGCAAAAACUAAUACACAUGAACAACAAUUAUUGCAUAAAAGCAGCGAAACUAUAAAAAACAUCUGUUUUCAGACGAGAUGAAAUUUUAUUUCUGUUUGUAAUAGCGAAGGAGUGGGAAGAAAUUCACGCUGAAUAUAGCACGAAAUGAAGAAGAAUCGUUAUUACUCUGUGUAGAUUUCAAACUUUACCCAAGGCAAAUAGAGGAUUCAAGCUUUCGCAUAAGUGUGGUCAUUCACGCACAUGCAUAAAUAUAUGUACUAUAUGUAUGCACAUUCUAGAACCAAUUGUGUAAAAGGGCCACUCACACACGAAAAAAAAAAAUCGAAAGUGUUUUGCGGCAGGAAAUUAUUAAUAAUGCGCUCGACGUGGCCACAAAUUGAAACUAAUUAAUUUGCGCACGUUUUCAAUAGACAGCAAACAACAACAACAACACAAAGAAUUACAACACAUCUACAACAAAAAUAUCGCAAACAAUUAUUAGUUCAAAAAGUUAUACAUAGUCGGGCAGCGGAUGCAGCGCAUCUGUCAGCAUAUGAAAGCUGCAUUAUUAGUACGCUUACCGCACAACCAUAAUCAGCUGCCAGCCACAACGCAGCGCAAGACCACAUAAUUCAAAUAAAACGCGCAUCCGCCACACAAAAUUAUCAACGCGCGGCAGCAGCAGCGCAAGUAAAUGGCGGCGCAGUGUGUGUAUGCCAACUUCUUUGCAUUUGUGUGGGCAAGUGAAUUUUGCAAUUUUUCAAUUUUUGCAAAUUAAAUGCAUUGCAGCACUGUGGCAAAAAAAGCGAGUCUGAAGUUGCGGUGUAAAAUCAAUUUAAAUGGUUUUAAUGUGCAUAAACAGAAUUGUAGUAAAACUUGUUUUCGAACAAAUAGGCUUCAGCGAGGAAGCUUGAUAAACAAAAAAAAAAAAUAGAACAGAAAAUAAAUCCUUUAAGCUACAAAGCGACGUCAAAGUGAAAGUGUGUAUAUCCGUUGACUGAGUACUGCGCAUGAAAACGCAAAGAGGCCAAAGAAGUGCGAAUUUCUACGCACGCAAAAAUAUAAAAAACAAAAACUAUUUCAAAGCCAACACGUCCGCCACGACACGACGCAAGCAAUUUGCGCUUGCUGCUGCUUAUGGCAGUGUCUGGCCCGCCUGCUGGUCUGUCAUAAAAUAUCAAUUUGUGAUUUUUCAAUUUUGCCGCCGCCAGAUAAAUACAAACGUGCCGCAAAUUUUCGCAUCAUCGCAGCGCUACCUCAGCUUGGCGCGCUCUUCCACGAGCGCUCGAUCAUUUAUUAGCUACAUUAGACGUGCUACACAUUCUAACUAUGUACGUAUGUAUGUACAUAUGUAAGUAGCGGUGGUGCGUGAAUGCGUCGUCUGUCGCUGGCAAAAAAAAAGUAAACUAAUAAUUCGUCUAGUGAACGCGUGUGACUAGUGAAAAAAUAAGCAUAUACCAAAUAUAAAAAAACAGCAAAACAAAAUCGCACCUAAAUGGUAAUAUAAGUAGUCGUACAAACAUAUAUACAAACUUGACUUGUGUUUGCUUGCGUUGCGUAUUUUAACCGUUGCGGUCUGUGGCAACAUUGUGGCGAAACGUGCUCGCAUUAGCUUAAGCCACAAUUGGCAUUGGUCUUAUGAAUGUGUGUAUGGAUAAACAAGCCUACUUACCAACCAACAUAAAUGUACAAACACAAAUACUUUAACAAUCCGCUUAAUCCAUUCAAGGCAUUUCGCGCGCGCGCUAAGAUAUACUAGCUGUUUGAUUUUCAGCUCGCUCGACACCUCACCCCCCACUGCACCUUCUAGCCCUUCAUCCUUAACUUUGCGCUUACCCUCUAUUCGUAGUGGCAUUAAAAACGUGCGACCGAAUGUUUGCUUGUAAUUUGCGGUCAAUGAAAUUGGCUCUUAGCCGGCGGCAUGGCUUCAUGUCGACGACAUCGUCUGUGUGCGCGCGCGCCUUCAUUUCAACUUCCGCGUUGGCGUUGGCGUCAGUACCCGCGUGCUGUAAGUGUGACGCACGUGAAAUGAAGAUGUCAAGGGUGUCGUCCAUACAGCGACAUUCGAACGGCACUUGCUCGCAUGGCAACCAACACCAAGUUAGUUGCGGUGGCAGCAGAAAUUGUGGUAGCGGUAUUAGCCAUUUUACACAGUGCUUAAUUACAUGCGGGCUGCUACUGAUUUUAGCUGCUGGUAAUGCAAUUGUGGAGGGCGCACUGCGAAAUGUCAAUUUAAUCAUCGAACCACCGGCGGUCAGACGCGGCCAACAUGCCAUCGUGCGUUGCCUGUACGAUUUGGAGGGGACGCCCCUCUACUCGGCCAAAUUUUAUCGCGGCCAAUUGGAGUUCUAUCGCUAUACACCUGGUGAAUUUCCGAAUACGAAAGUUUUUCCAUUUCCCGGCAUACACGUCGAUGUGACCAAUUCGAAUGCAACGCAAGUGCUCAUCCGCAAUGUGGGCUUCGGUUUGUCCGGCAACUUCUCCUGCGAAGUGACAGCCGACGCGCCACUUUUCUCAACUGCCACCGCCACGGGUAUUAUGCAAGUUGUUGGUUGGCACUUCGGAAACACAAUACAUUCGCACUAUUGACAAUUUGAUGGCAUCUCGCAUCAGCUUAAAAUUACAACUGCAAGGCAUUCACUUCGUCAGCGGAAAUCCAUCAUUGCAGCAUAGCGGUGGCGGUUACAAUGGCGGCAGUGGCUUUGGCAGCGGUUACGGCAUGAACUCCGUGCAUGGGCAAGCUGCUGGCAGCAAUGGUGGGAGCAAUGUUGGCAGUUUGGUUUUGCGUUGUACAGCACAAAUUGGUGAUUUGUAUCAGGAGUAUAAGGAAAUUGAAUUGGGCACACCACAAAAGGAUCCGGUGCCAGCGAGAGUCACUCUCUCCUCCGGCUCUAGCAUGACCAAUUUUUUCAGCUCCUACUUUUCCUCCUCCUCCAGUCGCAGAUAUACACCACCAACAACAAUUGCAAUGCUACUGAUGGCAAUCGCUAGCAUUACAGCUACAACAACAAUACCGACAACACUAACCGCAACAACAAUGGCAAUGUUAGCUGCUGUUGUUAAAUUAUGCAUUGCAAUAUUUGCAUUCUUUAAUCAAAUGGCGGUGAGUGCGCACAAAUUGAGCGGCAAAUGUGCAGAGCAACAGCACCAACAAAAUAUAAACAGGCAACAGAGGAGGCAAAUACAACAAACACAACAUGAGCAGCAGCAAGCACUGCAACUAAUACAAAAACAAAAAAUACGGAAGCAAAGUGAAAAUCUAUGUCACGGCGCAUGCAACGAAAGCUGGCAACAUCUGCUGCUGUUGCCCAGUCAAUUGCCGUUGUUGCAAAAUUAUGCGAGGCAACAACAAUGGAUACAUUCUGCUACUUCCUAUCGGUCGGUGAACGCAACGGUGUUCACUCACAGAUAACUUAAAUCAAAUUAUAUGUGUUAAUUGAAUUAAACAAAACGAAAGUAAACAAAUUAAAUGAAAAAGUAAACUAACAUUUACGUAAGAAGGCGUAGAAGAUGAAGCAUUCGCAGCUUAAUUGAAGUAAAUAAAUAAAUAAAUGAGAAAAACUAGGCUAAUUAAUUAUAUUGUAUUUUUAUAGUAAUUUUAAGUGGACGUUAUGUUUUACAUGUAACAUAUAACAAGACAGUAGCGCAGUAAAAAAAAAAGCGUGCGCAACCACAACAACAAAUAUUGAUAAUUACAUUUAAUGCGAUUAUAAAUGAGCGCAACAGCUGUAAGCUAUCAAAAUUGAGCAAAGAAGAAAUUGGCCUGGCAAAAGGGGAGUGGUAGAAGGAUAUGCAUACACGCACCAGAAUAUGAUUCCGUACAGUGUUU